UGAUGAGUCAGGCUGUCAAUGAAAUUUGUUAAUUAAUCGUGAUGCUGUGGAAGGAGACGAAUCGACUUGUCUUCAGGCUUCAAUAUCUCCGAAUCCGAGCGAGAUACGAAAAUUUUUGAGUAGAUAUUUUUUGCGGAGGAAAAUGAGAUCUACAAAAAAUGUUUUCAUGAAAAUUUCGCUAUCUCCGUUGGAUCUCGAGAUACAGAAGAAGAACUGUCCACUUGAAUAAAUUUCCGCCAUCUCCCAUCAAGACAAUUAGUCUUUCCUUCAUUUUUCUCAAAUUCGCCUGCUCAUUCAGUCAUACUACCACCAACGUGGGUUCCUGAACGAGGGAGAUUAUUAUUAACCGAAGAAUGCCUAUUAUCUCGGCACUAUCUGUUCACAAACGGCAUCAGUUAUCAGUUGAUUCUCUCCCGAUACUAUCAGUACGAUAUCUUAUCAAAGUCCCCAGGGUCGUUUAACUUCAUUCUGGCCACCGUCCGAGCCGCUGAUUGUCAGUUGUGUCAUUACGAAACGCGUCGUAAAUAGUGAAAAAAUUGAAUGGAAGAUUCGGCGGUAAUUGACGAGAAUCACGAGAGGUUUUCCCCCCAUUCAGUCCAUUCCUUUUCAUUCGAUGCAGAAGUGAACCUGUGUGUCGAGUGAGUCUGGCUCUCGAUGAGGUGCAAACGGACACACUGAGGACAUAAAAUGUGAGCUGAAGUGCGUGAAUUGAGACUAGUGAAUAAGGAAUAAAUUGUUUGAGUGGAGACAUGUGUAAAAAGUGUCGGUGACGUGCGCGACCUUCUGGAGCACUAGGACCUUCAAGAGUUAAUGUGUCUCGGGAGAGGGCUGUUGAUGAUUAAUAAAGCUCUGGAGCCGGUGGACACAGACAUCCCGACGAUCCGAGUCGUUUUAGCCGCUGGUUAAACCCCUGGAGAUGGACUCGGUGGCUGUCACAGUGCCACUUCGUCCACCGACGAAGAAGAUGAAGAAGAGGAAGGAGCUGGAUGCACUCGCACCGUCACACGUGGUCUCGAGGAGAACCUCGGGGAAGAGAAGUUCACAGGAACUACUGUCGGACAGUAGUGACGAGCGUUCCGAGUACUGGAACAUCUCCAUGCGUGGCAAUCGCAAGAGCAGAGCUCGGAGAACUCCCCCCUGUCCUGGGCUCCUUCGUGCGUGCAGUGCAUUUUUCGGCUGUGCAUCAGUCCUAGCAACUGCCAGCCUCCUCUGGCUGUUCAUUGAUGUGCGUCAACAGCUCACAUCGCUCAGAACUGAAGUGGACCAAGCUAUUGCCGGUAGCGAAGCACUCCCUGAAGCCCUCCAAAAGUGCCAUUCUGCAUCGCAGAAGCUUGAGAAAAAUCAGACUGUAUUGUUUUCACAGUUGAACGAUGUCAAGGGACAAAUUGCCGAUUUUUCGUUGCAGUUGUCAGACAUUCAGAAGGGGCUACGUCAGGUGCAAGAAAAGCUGAACAGUGCACCGGAGUUGACAAACAUACCGACAGAACUCAAGGACGUGAAGAAGAGUGUCGCAACAUUUGGAAGUAGCAUUCGGGAUUUAGGGGCUACGGUUAACGCCCUCAAGGGAACAGAUACCAAAAUUCAGGAGAUACAGACUAGUCUUUUAAAGAAUAUUACAGAUAUACAGAAUACGUUAGUGAACCUAUCGAAUAUAACACAGAGGCCGGAAAUUUCAACCAACGAGACCAGGUUGAAGACGGAGGAGCUCAGUCAGUCAAUUGUCAAACUGAAAACAGAUUUAGUGAGCAUUAAUGAGACGCUCACGAGAAAUCUCACGUGGGUGUCGAAUGAUCAGCAGAAGGAUCACACUCUCUUGGUAUCUCUCCAAGAUUCCACUCAGAAUGCCAGCAGCAAGGUUCUGUCCCUCCAAGGCGAGUGUGCCAAAGCCUCUGAGCAAUCAAAAAUCAUCGAGUCAGUUGAGAAGCUGACCAGCAGUUUGACAGAGGUUCAAGCACUGAACGCCGACCUGAGGAGUAAAAUAGCACAACUGGAGCUGGGUUACAGUCAACUCAACAAUUCCACAAACGAUAUGUUGAAUAAAAUAGCAACAAUCAACGUUAAUGACCCCAACAGCAAUAGCGAGCCAUCUCAACCGAGUGGCGGCUCCACUCAGGCCACGAAUCCUCAAUCACCGAAUUAGAUUUCUCUCCUGUUCAUAAAUUCUGAGUGAUUCAGGAGGAGUCCCCAACUGUAGCUGCAGUGAAGCGUCAACGAAGAGGAAUUGAUGAUUAACGAGGCCACGACGAAGGGAGAGAUCGAAUUAAAAUUCAGUUGGAAAGGUGUUCAGCCAGAUCAGUCAUGUUCGCUUCCUCGAAUACUUUGCUGGUCAAUCUGAUGAUUGAACAGUUGUUCUGAACUCGACGUGACUCAUCUGGCUUUACUGCCCGAGUGAAUUGUUUUCUGUUUGAUGAAGAAACAUGCAAGUGAAUGUGUGUAUUUGUAAAUAAAUAAUGCUUAACGAGGACAGGAGCAAGAAUACUUUCGAGGAAUAAUCAAAGACUCUGCGAACUGGUCAUUAGGGGGAGACAACUGUGAAUUUUGAAAGUCCAACGAAAAAUGAGUGGAAACAAUUUUUUUUUCAAUGUUUGUUCCCUCUGAAGACACUAACAAUUUUAAAAAUAGUCCAGUGUCUUCGAUUUUUGUGCUGUAGAUGUUUUUUUAUCUUCGAAUCUGAAAAAAAAUGUGUGGAAUAAUAAUUACGAAUUAAUUUCUUCAAAUUCGACCUUUAAAUAAUCGAUUCCUGUUUUGUUUAAAUGAAAAACGAAUUUAGUUAGUUGAUUAGCAUUAAGUUUGCUAUUUUUAAAUUUCACCGCGGUCUCCCCUUGAAGUAGUAUAAACAUAACUUCAAUUUUAAAAAUUGAAAUCCCAAAUCAUUUUUAAUCAAAAGUUGAUGUAGUAUUAUCGAUAUUAAUUAAUCUAAAGUGCAAAAAUAACACAGAGUCACAAAAAAAUUAAAUUUUAGAAAAAAUAUUUUUAAAAAUCUGAAAAAAAUAAAAUUCUAUUCGCAAU